AUGUCUGUCUUAAGCAGAAACGAGAAAACUAAUGGUUUUAAGUUGAUGAGAUUAAUUGUUGAUGUUGGUGGAGAAGCUUUAAGAAUAACAUUGAGGAAACAACUGUCAGGUAAUGAUUUAUUUUAUGUAUUAAAUAAGACAGAAAAUUAUAAUAAGCUUUUGUCGCUAAAAGGUAAGCAAAUAAAGCAACAUCAAUGGGAUCUACUGUAUCCUUCUCCUCCAAUAUUACCAAAUGAAAAUAAGUUUGACAUUACUUUACUUUGUAUUCUCCUGUGUAAUAUUUGUGGUUUAAAACCACCUCGUGAUCCAAUAUGGACGUCAUGUAAUGUCACUGAUCAUUCAACUGAAGCAGAUAUUACCCGUAUCAGGUAUAAUCAAUGGAAUGAUGGAAUCAGGAAUAAAGCGUGUCGAAAUCUCCAUCAAUCAGAAGAUAUUUUGACAAAAAACCUUGUAAGUUGUAACUUUGAAAGUGAAAUUCAACAUCAUUAUGAAAAAUUUUUAGAGGGAACACGGCAAUGGGUUUUUGAUGAGUUUUUAGCUUGGUUCGAAGACGACAGUUCUCAAAAUCGUGCAUUUGUUAUUUCUGCUGUUGCUGGCAUGGGAAAGUCUGUAAUUGCAGCUACUUUAUGUAAGCGUUAUCCACAAUAUUUGACUGCAGCUCAUUUCUUUCAACACAACAACAGUCGUUACAAUAAAGCCAAUGUACUUCUUCAAUCUUUAGCGAUGCAAGUUAGUCGAAAUUUUCCUGCUUACAAAGAACUUCUUGUGAAAAAACUUUCGGGGAAACUCUAUGAGCCUUUGAAUAACAUGAAUGUUGAAGGAUUAUUUUCCCUUCUUUUUACUGAGUUAUUUGUUAAAAUUUCGGAGUUUCCUAAGCGAAUUCUAGUGGUGUUGGAUGCUCUUGAUGAAUGUGGUUAUCCAGAAAGAGAUGACCUUGCUAAUUUGCUUGCUAAUCACUUACACAAACUUCCGCCUUGCUUUCGCUUUGUAAUUACAACCAGACCUAACGAAGUUGCUUUGAAUAAGUUCAAAAAAUUAAAUCCACUGUUCAUUAAUUGUAGCGAUAAACGCAAUUUAGGGGAUGUUAAAUUUUUGAUUGAACAAAGAAUUGGCUCUACUGACAGCAUUCCUAAUUUUAAAAAUGUUUUGGUCGAAAAAGCUGACGGACUUAUGUUGCUUGCAUCGCUUCUUAGCAGUGAAGUGAAAAAUAAGGAUUUGUUGAAUGCGUCUAUACCAAAAGAUCUCAAUGAAUAUUACGAAACUUGCUUAGCAAGAUUGUGUAAGGAGUUAGAUUCGUUUGAUAUCAGUAACGAAAAGUUUCAGUCAAUUUUAAGUGCUCUGGCUGUUGCUAAAGAACCUCUUCCUUGGGAAAUGAUCGAUGACGUUCUUUGUUUGAAUUCGAAUCGCAUAUCACUUGGGGUUAAAAAGAUUAUCUCUUGUCUGUUUGUUACCAAUGAAGAAGGAUGCGUUUUGUUUUUUCACAAAUCCUUAAAUGAUUGGUUGUUGGAUGAUCGAAAACAUGAUUACUCAGUAAAAACUUCUUUUGGUAAUCGACUUGUUUUAGAAUUUUGUUUAAAAUCUUUGCAUAACCUAAAAGCUGAAGGUGUAAACUAUGACAUCAUCAAACAUGCGUCAGUGAGGUAUUCAGUCAAGUAUUGGUUGCUUCAUUUACUUGAUAUUUCUGAUAAUGAUUAUAUCGUUGAAAAUGUUGGUAAAUAUCUUGUUGACUUGGAAGUUUUAGUUGCUUCUAUGUUGGUUGACUCUAGUCUUACUUUUGAAAAUUUUGAGUUAUUCAACGCACAUGAUGUGUACUUUCUUAUUUCUGAGAACACUCGAUUUUUAUUUAAUGAAGUUUAUUCUGUAAUGACGUACUCUAAGCGUAUAGGCAAUAAAGUAAUUUUUUUGCAAAACGUUGCCAACGAAGUCAAAGAUCUGUCGUCUCAAGCCACCACAAUGCUUCAAACACGUUUCAAAGAUUCACCAUAUUUAGAGUACAGAGACACGGGUUUUGUAAAGGCUCGCUUAUUACGUUUAUUUCUUGGGUUGAAGUCUGUUGAUGUUUCACGAAAUCAUGAUUACGUUGUCUGUGGUUAUGUAGGAUUCGUUUUGCAACUUUUUUCAUUGAGAACAAACAGAUGUUUAUGGAUAAAAAAUAUUGCUGGUCAGCUUAAGCAAUAUGAAGAGGAAGAAUUUUGCGUUGUCUUUCAUCCAUUCAAAGAUUUGAUUUUUGCUUCGCAGCUUGAUAAGAUACUAAAUAUUAAUGGUAAAAUUUCCUCCAGUUCGUUCCAUUGUGAUGAUUCUACUUCUAAGUUCUUUACCAACAAAUGUUUUUCGAAGGAUAAGUGCACAAUGGUCACUAGUUACAAAGAUACUUUGACAGUAUGGGACGUUGAGAAAGGUGAGAAGAAAUGCAGUAUUGGAUGUACUGAUGUGGUGACCUCACUGUGUUUUUCUAAUUCUGGAAGAUAUUUGUGUGUUGUUGAGGAAAUAGUGGUUCAAAUAUUUGAUGUAGCGAAUAAUUAUGAAAUAUUCGUUUACGACAAUCUUUUACCGUCUAGUUUUUCAAUUAAGUUGUUCACUGUUGGUCUUCAUUCUUGGUAUUGUUGCUAUCUUUAUUUGAAGGAACAUUUCAUUGUAAAUCCCACUGGUGAGAAACUUCCUGACUUAGAUCCUGAUUCCCAAACUUCGUUUUUUCCUCUUGAUCCUUUUGAUGACAACAUAUCAGGCUUUUCCUUUCAUGGAGCAAAAAGCCACAUUACUUCUGACUGUUCUAUUUUUAUAUUCCACUUGAAUGAAUUCCCCCAAUGA